AUGUUCAGUCUUACCGUUGAUGUUUGGGAUGAUAGCACACAGUCCUCGAAGAAUGCCAGUUCUCGGAGUAGAUUCGCCUCUCCGAUAACGGGUUCGACCAGUCGACAACAGCUGUGGACCAAUGAGUCGCCCUUUCAUGCCAGCGCUGGUACAACUACGGAUCUAUUGGAAGAUGAUACUCUUGGUGACGAGGAUGAGUAUGGCGAGGACGAGGAUGUGGUGGACAGCUUUGAUGAUGAAGAACUUGAGGAAAUAUUGAAAGAAGUAUUCAACGUGCCGUCAGGUUCCGUUUGUGUUAGUGGUGAUUUGGUUGAGCCACACCCGCCUUCUUCACCCGUCCUGAAACAAAAGCAUCAACAGCAACCACAGAAUCGGUCUGUCGAACCGACCGUUCAAAUGCAAACUAGCCUUGAUGAUGUCAAUUAUUACAUGCUUGCGGACGACUUUCUGAACAUGGCCGGCAAUUUCGCUAACACGAGUGUCGACUUGAAGCAGCACAUCGCUGUUCCACCUGCCCAAGGGCCACUGCCUCUAGGUGCAUUCGCUGAACAGCCACAAAGACGCGCAGAACAGGCUGUGUCUGGAGCGGAUCCGAAACGGAAAUUGAAUUGGCGCCCAGGGUAA